AUGUUCUGUGGCCUUCCUCACCACCACCACACCAGUCAUCGAGCCCUCCGCAGUUUCCGGAGUCACAACCGUCUUAGAAGCGAAGCUGCCUCACAUUCAACCAUGCACUUCCGUCACCACCACAGCCAGCCGAGCAGUGCCAGCUCGCUGGCCAGAUCCUCCAUGGAGUCCUCAUCAUCUUCAGUAUCACGACCUUCAACGAGCGGGGGAAAAUCAGAACUUUCAGUCGACUGGGACCCGCUCCGUCUUCACCCACCUCUUGCCUGCGCCCCGGUUCCACAUCUUCCCGAGGAGACGUCCAGCAGACGAUAUCAACCCCACGAGCUAAGGCAAGCUCGAUCUAUGCACAAUCUCCGAGCCCAACAACACAACAACCACACAUCCCGGCACAACCACCAAGCCUCAACAGCAACUGUUAUCUAUGGGGGAUUUGACUUUGGGUUCGACAAUAGUAGAAGCCAUCAGACCUCGGCCAGAAGACCACCCUCACCAACGCCAAGCACUGCUUCGGAUGCCUCAUCACUGGACGGCACUCGGGAUGCCGAGGAGUGGGGCGAUAACUUCAUCGUUACGCCCCUCCCGGCCCCGCGCCGUCGCCCCCACCCUCAACACACCCCCGGACAACCGGCCGCCCUGUCCGAGGCCGAGAAUUUUAUCAAGAGGGGCGGCUGGAAAAGACGAGGAAUCGUCUUUGUGAGCGACACACCUGCUCUGGCUCCUGAGGAAGAGACUUGGGAGGUCUAA